UACUGUCAAAGUCUGAACUGAUAAUUCGAACAUAACCUUGUUUUAAUAAAAACCAAGUGUUAACGAUAAGACUUAAAAUGAAAGAAACAACAUGACAUAACGUACAAGAAAAUAAAGUGGAUAUCAAAUAUGAUUCUCUUGAGGAGUUUGCGAAGGUUAGAUAAACUGAAGUAUUGUAGUAAUGGGAUAUUAUUGAGAGAGGUUAGAAUUACUAGUCAAUGUGUGACCAAAUCAACUGCAAAUUCAGUGGAUACCAAAGAAAAACAACCACUACAGUUAGCAGCCUCAAUUGUAGAGUGCACCCCUAAGGUUGUUAAACCAUACCUGAAGCUUGCCAGGUAUGAUAAACCAAUAGGUACAUGGCUCCUCUAUUGGCCUUGUGGUUGGGGUAUUGCUUCGGCUGCAGCACCAGGAUGUUUACCAGAUCCAUUUAUGCUGGCUUUGUUUGGGACAGGGGCCCUGGUAAUGAGAGGUGCUGGUUGCACAAUAAAUGAUAUGUGGGAUCGUGAUAUUGAUAGUAAAGUGAAAAGAACACUGGAGCGACCUUUAGUCAAUGGUGAUAUAAACAUGAAACAAGCAUGGAUAUUUUUAGGUGGUCAACUGAGUGUUGGUCUUGCAGUUUUACUGCAACUGAAUUGGUAUAGUGUAUUUUUAGGUGCUAGCUCAUUGGGCCUAGUCUGCAUAUACCCGCUAAUGAAGCGCGUCACCAAUUGGCCGCAGUUAGUACUUGGUUUUACUUUUAAUUGGGGUGCCCUUUUGGGCUAUAGUGCGAUACGAGGAUACGUGGACAUUGCUACGUGUCUGCCUAUGUAUUUAGCUGGAGUGUGCUGGACUAUCGUCUACGACACAAUCUACGCGCACCAGGAUAGAUCGGAUGAUCUCCGUUUGGGAAUUAAAUCGACUGCAAUCCAUUUCGGAGAGGAUACUAAACUAUGGCUGACCGGAUUCUCCGCUACCAUGAUGACCUCUCUAUGCCUUUCCGGACUUAUGAACGAUCAAACUUGGCCAUACUUUGUCACGUUAGGAGUAAUAUCGACGCAUCUUGCCACGCAAAUCUACACACUAAAUAUAAACAAUCCGACGGAUUGCUCAAAAAAGUUUAUUUCUAACGCUCAGGUCGGAUUCUUGCUGUUUUGUGGCAUCAUCCUAGGCAAUUUAAUGAAAAACAAACCGAACGCAAAAACGAAAGAAACCUUAACUAAAGAACAGUAAUUUUAAGCAAAUAAGUACCUUCCUUUUGUUGUUAAU